AUGCCUGAUACUGGAAGGGAAUGUAUGUGCUGCGAAAGAUCGAACGAUGCGGAAGAUAUGGUGUGCUGUGAUGGUUGUGGACUGUGGGCGCACUAUAGCUGCGUAGGAGUUGAUGCCACUAUAAAAAAGCAACCAUGGAAAUGUUCUUCGUGCACAAACCAGCUGCAGGUCCCUAAACCUACGAAAUCGGGUUUAAGGAGUAAUGCUGGUUCUGGGAAAGCUUCGUCUAAAACCUCUACGAAAACUGAUGCCACACUCGUUGAAUCUUUUAAGCAACUCGAAAAAGAGCACAAGGAAAAGGAGAAAGCGUUAGAAGAAGAGCGACAAUUACGCGAAAAGCUUCUUGAAAUGGAAAGAAGUCUCCGAAUUAAGCAGAUGGCUCAAGAAAAAGAAUUACGGCAAAAGGAAUUAGAUCUUGAGCGGGAGAUGAAAGAGCGUCAAUUGGAACAGGACCGAGAAUAUAUGGAAAAGCGUUUAGCCAAGCAGAAAGAGUUCCAAAAACGGCGCGAAAGUUACAAUAUGUGUCUGAAACAGUACGAAGAAGAUGAAGAAGGAGCGGUCGGAGGUGUUGGAUCUGAUUCCCACGGGAAAGUAGAAGAUUGGUUGCGUUACCAGAAACCAGAACAUUCUGGUAAAGUUUCUGCGAUGGAACAAGAUGCCAAAAAUCUUUCCAGUUCAUUGCUACACGAUUUGCACAAUCUGCAGAUGAGUUCCGGCGGUAACGGUGGUAAGCAGUUGGUGGAAAUGACCCCAGAAGAAAGUAGGCUAGUUGAUCAUUUACUGGAAAACCACGUCCGGAACGGGUCGGGGCCAACUUCCAAAGGGCCUACCCAAGGGCAGUUGGCUGCUCGUCAAUCGUGUUCGAAGCAAUUACCCAUUUUCAAAGGCGAAGCUGAGCUAUGGCCGAUAUUUAUCAGUAGCUACGAGAGCACUACUAAAGCGUGCGGCUUUACAAAUUUAGAUAAUUUGAAGCGAUUGCAAGACUGCCUCCAAGGUGAUGCUCUUGAAGCGGUUCGGAGCAGGUUGAUACUUCCCGAAUUGGUACCAAGUGUGAUCCAAGAUUUGCGUGACCUGUUCGGAAAGCCUGAAACGCUGCUGAAGGUACUCAUAUUAAAACUUCGCCAGGCGCGGCCCCCUAGAAUGGAUCGUCUGGAUACAUUUAUACACUUUGGAAUGACUGUUAAACAGUUAUGCGACCAUUUAGAAGCAGCGAACUUUAAGGACCAUUUAAACAACCCAAUGCUAGUUGAAGAAUGCGUCGAUAAAUUGCCGCAAAACUAUCAAAUAGAAUGGAUCCGCCUAAAGCGCGAACAGCGGGGUCAAGGAUUUCGAUUUUUCGCUGACUUUAUGAAUAGCAUCGUCGCUGACGUUUGUGAACUAAACCAGCUCUCAUCGAUCAAAUUGAUUGAUUCUUCGUCCCGUUUUGGAAAAGAUAAACAGAAGAAGAAAGAAUAUUUCCACCUACACAACGAUUUGCCAAGCAGACCUGAUGUAUCACAUAAUGCAAAGGUUAGUACACAAAAUGAAAAACCGUGUUUUGAUUGUCGACGGACGGAUCACAAAAUCAGGUACUGCGAAGACUUUAAAAAACGCAGUGUCUCCGAACGAUUUCGAAUAGUCGAAAAGAAUAAACUUUGCCGUAUCUGUUUGAAUAACCACGGGAAAAGUCGAUGCAACUUUCGGCUGCGUUGCAAUGUAGGUAACUGUGGUGGCGAUCAUCACUCCCUUCUUCAUAGAGCCGAAGAAAUCGUACAACUACACGAAAUAUCGUGUAAUGCCGAACGAAAUACGAACCGAUCCGUUAUAUUCCGAAUGAUGACUGUAACUCUGUACGCAGGCAGUAAGUCGAUGCGAGUCUUAGCGUUCUUCGAUGAAGGCUCUUCGGGAACACUUAUCGAGGACUCGAUCAUCAAGAAGCUAGCAAUCGAUGGCGAGCCAGAACCGCUGAUCGUGACCUGGACAGGAAACAUCAAGAGGUAUGAGAAUUCUUCCAAACGAGUAAGCAUGAUGAUUUCUUCUUGUAACUCGGAUGAGAAAUUUUUGCUAGAAGACGCUCGCACAGUCGCUGAGUUGGUUUUGCCCCGACAAGGUGUUAAGAGCGAGGAAAUAAAAAGGCAAUUUAAAUAUUUAGAAAAAGUCCCGAUAUCUGAUUAUUCCCCUAGUGAACCAAAGUUAAUGAUUGGUCUCAAUAAUUUACACCUUUUUGCACCAAUCGAAUCACGCAUCGGUCAACAAGGCGAACCGAUUUGCGUACGAUCCAAGCUGGGAUGGUCUGUAUACGGACCGAGAAAUCUGACCACUAACGUUAUGGUAAAUAUUCACACGAUGCAACCAAUGAGUAAUGAACAGUUACAUGACGCGAUGCGGAACCAAUACUUUGUGGAAGAAUCCGCACCAACAGCAGGGUUACCAGAGUCUGAUGAAAAUCGAAGGGCGAGAGAGCUGAUGCAGGCAACCACGGUUCGCGUGGGAGACAGUUUCGAAACUGGUCUCUUAUGGCGUGAUGACGGACCACAUAAUUUUCCUGAUUCCUACCCUAUGGCUAUGCGACGCCUGACGUCGCUCGAAAGAAAAUUGAAUAAGGAUCCAGCUCUAAAAAGAAAAGUUGAUCAGCAAAUUGAAGAGUACCAGUUGAAGAAUUACGCUCAUAAGGCAGCACCAAAUGAGCUUUUGGAAGCAGAAAUAACAUCGACAUGGUACUUGCCUCUGAAUGUAGUGCUAAAUCCUCGCAAGCCUGGCAAGGUACGACUCGUGUGGGAUGCGGCGGCGGCUGUAAACGGCACGUCGCUGAAUUCCAAAUUAUUAAAAGGGCCCGAUUUGUUAGCCUCUCUCCCAGCGGUAAUUCAGCGUUUUCGCCAGAAGCUUAUCGGAUUCGGCGGAGAUAUCAAAGAGAUGUAUCAUCAGAUCAGAAUAAGAUCUGAUGAUAAACAAGCUCAGAGGUUCCUAUAUCGUUUUAACCAAGCUGAACCUCCUACAGUAUACAUCAUGGAUGUUGCGACGUUUGGGUCGACGUGCUCGCCCAGUUCGGCGCAGUUUAUCAAAAACUUAAAUGCGUCGGAGUUUGCAACCGAAUACCCGGACGCAGUGAAGGCGAUUGUCGAGAACCACUAUGUCGACGACUAUUUCGAUAGUGUCGACUCCACCGAAGAAGCCGUUCAGCGAGCCCGAGAAGUGAGAAUGAUUCACUUGCGAGGAGGUUUCCAGAUUAGAAAUUGGGUUUCCAAUUCUCAGUUGUUUUUGGAAAAUAUAGGCGAAACGUCCACGAACGACAGCGUACUUUUUCGUGAAAAUAAGAACACAGAUACUGAGCGUGUUCUUGGAAUCAGCUGGGAUCCCAAAGCGGAUUUUUUCUAUUUUUCUACAACACCUCGUCUUGGAUACGAAGCAGUGCUUUCGGGAGUUGAAAGGCCAUCGAAACGGAGUGUCCUCAGUUGUGUCAUGGCUAUGUUUGACCCACUGGGAUUGCUUGCUAUCUUCACUGUGCAUGGCAAGAUUAUUAUGCAGGAUCUCUGGAGGACUGGCUGCGGAUGGGAUGAUCCAAUCGAUGACGAGUCGUUUGAAAAGUGGAAACGAUGGACCGAACUACUGCCAGCAGUAGGGCAGGUGCGAAUCCAGAGGAGUUAUUUCGGAUCAGCUCUCUCGAAGCAGAUUGAAAGUUUACAACUUCACGUUUUUACUGACGCGAGUGAACAAGCUUACGGUUGUGUAGCAUAUUUUCGGGUAGUAGUAGAGGGCAAGGUGCAUUGUUCUUUGGUAAUGAGUAGGAGCAAAGUAGCCCCAUUGGCUUUAUUGAGUAUUCCGAGAUUAGAGCUAGAAGCUGCAGUGCUGGGAGCUCGGAUGAUACACACCGUUCGAAAUAAUCACAGUAUCGAAAUACCUCAAGCCUUUGUCUGGACCGAUUCCCAGACUGUUUUAUCCUGGAUCCGAUCGGACCAUCGCCGCUAUAAACAGUUUGUUGGUUUCCGGAUUGGAGAGAUUUUAAAGUUGACUUCGCCGUCGGAUUGGAGAUGGGUUCCGACGAAGUUAAAUGAAGCAGAUAGAUUGACGAAAUGGCGUAGCGAUUCUGGGCUCCACUCCAAUAGUGCUUGGUUCAAGGGGCCAGAAAUUUUGUAUCGAGCUGAACAUCUCUGGCCGGCGCAGCGAAAUCAGAACGACAUACCAACAAGCGCAGAUGAUGAGUUACGGGCACAAUUUUUAUUCCACGACGUGUUCAUAUCUCAGGCUUUAAUUGAUGUUCAGCGGUUUUCGAAAUGGAACAUACUUGUUCGAACUGUGGCGGUUGUACAUCGUUUCAUUUCAAAUUGCCGAAAAAAGGUCAAAGGAAUGCCAAUCGAAACUUUGAAAGCUACAGAGCGCCAAGAAAAAUUGUUAAAACCGCUAUCCUGUACAGUGAAACGUGUUCCCUUGAAGCAAGAAGAAUUUCAAGCAGCUGAAACUUAUCUAUUCCGAAUGGCGCAAGCUGAUAUCUAUGCAGAUGAAUUGAAGAUUCUGAAGAAAAAUCAAGAUCGGCCUUCCAAUCAAUGGAUCAAAUUCGAAAAAUCCAGUCCAUUGUACAAAUUAACUCCUUUAAUCGAUGAUAAUGGUAUUAUACGUAUGGAAGGACGUACGGAGCGCGCCAGUUUUCUACCGUUUGACCUGCGUUUUCCAAUCAUUCUUCCAAAGCAACACCCAGUAACGACGAAAAUUGUCCAUCACUAUCACGACAAGUUCGGACAUGGAAAUAGAGAGACGGUUAAAAACGAAUUGAAGCAGAGAUUUGCCAUCGCGAGUAUUGGUGUAGUGGUUAAGAAAGCAGCAUCUGCGUGUCAGUGGUGUAAGGUUCGCCGGUGCAAGCCGAAUAUCCCUCGAAUGGCAGCUUUAUCAGUUCAGCGUUUGAUUCCAUACCAUCGCCCGUUCAGCUACACUGGGAUCGAUUAUUUGGGUCCGAUCGAGGUAACCGUUGGUCGUCGUCGUGAAAAGCGAUGGGUCGUAGUCUUCACUUGUUUUGUGACCCGAGCAAUUCACCUAGAAGUGUCGUAUAAUCUGACAACGCAGUCCUGUUUAAUGGCAAUCCGCCGUUUCACUUGUCGACGUGGUCCACCGUUGGAAUUUUUUUCCGACAAUGGGACAAAUUUGAAAGCAGCAAGCAAAGUGGUUACAGCACAAAUUCGCAGCAUAGAUGAAGAUUGUGCAGAAGAGUUAACGACGGCCCAAACUAAGUGGAAUUUCAACCCUCCCGCAGCUCCUCACAUGGGGGGAGUGUGGGAGAGGUUAGUUCGAUCAGUAAAGGAUGCGAUGUUCGUUUUCGAGGAUGGUAAGCGACUUACAGAUGAGAUCUUGCAUACAACAAUUGUCGAAGCGGAAGAUGUUAUUAAUUCGCGCCCGUUAGUAUGUGCUUCAUCAGAAAUAUCAAGUGGAGAAAUGCUGACACCUAAUCAUUUUAUUCGGGGUGUCACUCAAAAUGAUUCUAAACUAGCGAUUCCGCCGCCACAUUCUGCCGAGGCUUUGAGAGAUACUUUCAAGCGUUCACAACAGUUGCUGCAAAAUCUAUGGGCUCGAUGGAUUAAGGAAUAUGUUCCUUCAUUGAACCAAAGGACCAAGUGGUUUGGUGAAGCUGUACCGCUCCAGAAAGGAGAUCUCGUCUUUGUAGUUGAUGGUGGCAAGAGAAAGGCUUGGGUUCGUGGAGUAGUUGAAGAGCCGAUUACAUCUAGCGACGGAAGGAUACGACAGGCGUGGGUGCGAACGAACAGUGGCCGAGUGCGACGUGCCACGGCGCAAUUAGCGGUGGUCGAAAUUCAUGAAGGUAAUGCUGAACCGAAAGUAGCUUCCGGACCAGAAUUACGGGUCGGGGGUAUGUUACGAUCAACACCGCUGGGCUCGACGGACGGCCCUGUCGAAAAGAUAAAAUGUCAGCUGAAUGUCACGAACGUCAUGAGAGAGGAAAAGCAGUAA